CUGUCAAUGUCAUAAUUACAAUACAAAGUUCAAUUUCAAAACAAGGUUUGUGUUAAGUGGUGGAGUCUCGUCGUGUCCGCAUUUAUCUGGCGAGCGAUUCGCGUGAUGAGUUUAAUUUGAUUAAAGUUGAAGGCGUUGUCGGUAUCGACGGGUGAGGGCGGCCAGUGUAGCAACGGCGGCGAACGGCGCAUCAGGUGCGGCCAAGCUGACGGCCGCAGAGCGGAGCGCCGACAUGAAGCCUCACGAAGAUUACCGCAACGGAGAUGUGGGCGGCGGCGACGACAGCGAGGGGGAGGAGGCGGCGUUGGCGCUGGAGGAGGAGCUGUCGUUCUGCGACGAGGGCGCGCCCGCGCGAGCUCUAGCGGCGCUCAACGCGCUGCGCAAGAGCCGGCAGCACUACGACGUGCUGCUGCUGGCCGGCGGCGCGGAGGUGCCGGCGCACGGCGCCGUGCUGGCGGCCGCCUCGCCCUACCUGCUGGAGACGCUGGCCUCGCCGGCGCCCGCGCCACCGCCGCAAGCCGCGCCCGCCUACAAGGUGGACGACGUCGAGCCCGAAGCGCUCAAAGAGCUCGUCGAGUACGCAUACACCGGCAAAGUGUGCGUGCGGUCGGUGUCGGCGGCUCGGCGGCUGUACGUGGCGGCGUGGCGGCUGCGGGUGGAGGCGGUGCGGGCAGCGCUGGCGGCGCGGCUGCUGCGGCGGCUGGCGCCAACCGACGCGCUGGCCGUGCGCGCGCUGCCCGACCUCUCGCCCGAACACCGGGCCACGCUCGACGACUACAUCGCGCAGAAUUUCGAGGAGCUAUGUUCGACGGGCGCCCUGGCCUCGCUCCCGGUGAUCCGCAUCGAGAUGUUGCGCGCCAGCAGCGCCGAGGGCGGGGAGGAGACGCCGCUGGCGGUGGCGGGCGCGGCGCUGGCCUGGCUGCGCGACCGCCAUGCCGCUAAUUUGGAGGAGCUAUGCUCGCGUUCGCACCUACUGUUCGUGGACGGCGGCGGGGAGCUGCGGGACUGCGGGGAGCUGCCGGAGCGCGGGGGCGACGCGCCCGAGCUGCAGCAGUACCGGCGCGAGGCCGCCGCGCGCGGCCGCGCUCCGCCCGCCGCCCGCGCGCCGCCGCUGCCCGCGCUCGAGCUCGGGGCCAGGACGGCGCGCGGCGGCGCGGACUGCGCGGUGCUGGCGGCGCGCCCGCUGGCGGGCACCACGCGCACCACGCGCGCGCUCAUCGCGCUGCGCGGCCGCCUCGCGCUCGCGCACGUCGCCUGGACCGACGCGGGCGAGGGCGUCGCCGUGGGCGGCGUGCUGGGCGGCGCGCGCGCCGAGCCCGCGGAGGGCGAGCGACGCGCGUGCCUGCCGCAGGCGCGCUGCGCGGCGGGCGCGGCGGCGCUGCGCGGGCGCCUGCUGGCGGCGGGCGGCUACGACCGCGCGCGCGUGCUGCAGGACGCCGCCGCCUACGACCCCGCCGCCAACGCCUGGGCCGCGCUGCCCAACAUGAGGAGCGCGCGCGCUAGGUUCCCGGCGGUCCGCCUGGGCGACGCGGUGUACAUCGUGGGCGGCAGCGAUGGACACACGGAGCUGGACUCCGUGGACGUGUUCCGGCCGGACGCCGGCGCCGGCGGCAGCUGGUCGCCGGUGCGCCGGCUGCCGCUCGCCGCCUCGCACGCCGCCGCCGCCGCGGACGAGGAGCGGGGGGAGCUGUAUGUGGUGGGGGGGUGGGCGGCGGGGAGGAGCCUCAAGCUGGUGCACAAGUACUCGCCCAAAGACGACGCUUGGACCGAGGCGCCGCCGCUCAAUACGGGUCGGUCGCAGUGCGCGAGCGUGUGGUGGGGCGAGGCGCUGUGGGUGCUGGGCGGCUGCGACGCGUGGCAUUGUCUGGCCAGCACGGAGCUGCUGCCGCGCGCGGGGCGCUGCUGGGGCGCCGGCCCGCCGCUGCCCACGCCGCGCCGCUCCAUGGGGGGCGCCGUGUGGCGGGGGCGCCUCGUCUCCGUCGGCGGCUCCGACGGCGCCGCCUCGUUGAGGAGCACCGAGUGGCUGCAGCCGGGCGGCGGCUGGCGCGCGGGCCCCGCUCUGCGCCGCGCGCGCGCCGCGCUGGCGCUGGCGGUGCUGGGCGACGUGCUCUACGCGGCCGGCGGCUUCGACGGCAAGGAGUUCCUGUGGUGCGUGGAGUGCCUGUACUCCCCCGACGGAGAGUGGAGCACCCUGUGUUCCCCUCCCCCGCCCGCCGCGCCCCUCUCGCCCUCCGCCCCGCACACCGCCGAUCCGCUCCUCGUCGAGAAGCAUGAAGGGAAAGAGAAUAAGGACCGUCAGAACGGCGUCGUGAGUGCGCCGCAGCGAGGCGCGGCGCUCUAGAGCUGCGGUCACGUGACGUACUGAGGAGAGGAGAUGCGCUUCACCACGAAAUUCAUUUCCUUGUGUUAUAGCGAAGAAGGCUCUAAAGCAUUAUUUUCUUUUAAAAAAUACACAUUGUGUAUUGUACGCUUUUGCGCUACGAUUGAAUAAUCGUUAGUUACUAUGAAAGGUAAUUUCGUUCCUAUUGUCUACGGGAAAAAUAUGCGAAAUGGGGCAAAAUGGUGUUUUUCUCAUUCGUCGUUUCUUGUCUUCUACCUUUAUGUAUUUUAAAGCGACGAUUAUUUUCCAGAAUACAUUUCUGGUUUAUGACAUAUGGUAUAGUACAAAGUGUAUCAUGCCGCGGCCCCCUCUCCUCCUCUCCCCCCUCGGUGACCCGAGGCUAGCACACAGCACUGAGAGAUAAUUUUUGUAGCUUCGAUGUGUGUUGUCUCCGAUCUCCUCCGCGACACGCAGCUGUGAGGAGGCUCGGCGGCUGGUCGAAGCGUAUCGGAGCCUAAUCUUUUCAUUGCGCAGUACAUGUCUCUGUGUAUUGCGCGGCACUUAUAUAAUAUUUACGUAUUUAAAUAGUAUUAGUAAAACAUCGGUAUUAGACAAUUUUAAAUUAAGUUCAAUAAAUGUUUAAUGAUUUAGAACAUUAUUUAAUAUAAAUGAUUAAGUUGAUACCUUUGAUUAAGGAUUGUUUUCUGAACUUAUGGAAAACUCCUUUUGAUGAUUUCAAAGAUCAUUACAUAAGGUUCAAUAAGAUUGAGCUACGAAUACGAUCAGCCGCCAUCGUGUAUCCGAUGCGGUCGUAGGCGGGUGAGGUUUCUUCUAUUUGUACUAAUAUUUAUACUAACUUUUAUAAGCAAUGUUCCAAAUUCACGAGACUAAUUUGACAGGAAACUUUUGAGAUGCAUUUUAUAACGAAAUUUAUUUAUGAUGAAUGCUUUAAAUGAUGAAAUUUCAAAUAAACUUUUAUACUAAAAUUUUUAACGUGAUUUGUAUAUGUUUAAUUUGGAUCGACAUAUCAUAUGCAACAUUAGUCCCUGGAUUUAGUAAAGAUGUGUGGGCGUGACUACGGCUGCAUCGCUGCCGGCGGAGUGGGCACACUGUCUUGUGUCUAAAGCGAGUCGAUCUGGAUCAAUAUAAACAAUUUAUCGGACUUUGUCAAUUAUAUGUAUGUAGAGGCCGUUGUCACUCGACAUUGUCGGUGCGGCGGCUCGCGGAGCCAGAGUCCGGUGCAUUGUCUCAAGUGUAACGACUUGUCCGUUGUCUACGAGAAGCGAGUGUGUCUGGAUUUAAUACAUUAAAUGGUUACUGGACGUUUUUAUGAUUUUAAACAACAUAAAUUCAUAUGAAAUAUUUCGGGUGACUUUGUUUCUUUGAAAUCGUAGUUAAUAAAAACGCCACGAUAAUUGUAAGUACAUUUGAAGUAAAACUUUUUAUGUUUUGCCACAGAACAGUGUGCUUGAUUUUAUCGAUAAUAGUGUACAGUGAAUGUUUAGGAUUAGCUUACGUUGACCGCUCCUGCUAGUGGGUACCUAUCGAAUAAGUUUAUCUCUGUCUAACUCUACCCGUCGAAAGAGACGCAGCACCCCUCCCUCGCAGACAGCAGGCAAGCUAAGGCCGCACAGGAAUUGCCGCGGAUCACCUACCUCAACAUUGUUCGCUCGCGCGACUAAUGCCUUUACUCGCAUUUGUAUUACAUUAUUGGAGUCUGUAUAUAUCGGCCUUUUGUAUGUGUAUUUUAGUGAAUUAAUGUUAGCGCUACGUCACGCGGUUAUAUGAGAGUAUAUUAUUAGAUACCGUAUUACACUAGAGCGGCGGCGGACGCGGGUUUCUGAUAAAGAAUACGGCCUUAGGAAAUUACAUUCGGCUGUUUUAUGCAUUUAUUUAUGUGGUCAUUCGUUUUCUUUAUUGCAUUCAAAUUUAUUUGCCUUCCAGGACCCACAGUGGGUUUCAAUUCAACAUGGAUAAAAGUUAUGAUGGCUUUGUUUUAAGUAAUUUUAAAAGUAAGUUUAUUUAUAUAUGUGUCGAGCGCACAGGCCGAGCGGUUUAGAUGUAUAUGACGCUGGUCGUCCAUGUUGUUCGGUAACAGGUGUGCAGCUGAUAUGUGGUGGUAGGAGGGUCGCGGCGCGUCUAACCUUCUGCAUCCUAUAACUCGGGCGCCACAAAGCAAUAACUAGCUCGUAAGUCCCGCUCGCCGCCUCUCUGCUGACGGUAUACUAUCGAUAGAAACUAUAAAAGACACUAAGUUAAGAGUCGUCCAGCCAUUCUAUUGUUUGUUUCUUUCAUUAAUUAAUAAACGUUUAGAUAAAA